GUUCCAAUUUUUUUUUUAUAAAUAUGCUAAAAUUAAAAAGGAAAAAUGGAAAAAGAGCAAAAAGGAGCGGGCAAGUGGCCCCCACACUGCUCCUUCCUCCAUUUAUAAAUUUUCUCGCCGUCGGAACGAUAUUUCCUCACCAACCUCGCUUUUCCCCCAUUUUUUCUGCUUCAUUCAGCCAUCUGUUUUCGCACGGGUUUCUCGCGUAGGAAAAUUUUGUACUUCUCAAUUUUCUCGGGAAAGUCCGCCCUUGCCCUGUAAUAGACGAGCCAUCGCUCCGUGUGUCGGUCUGUAAUUAACGCGUUCGUCAAUCUUGGAAACGUUGCGAGCAUUGUUAGGGUUUUGGGGCUCAAUAAGGCUCGCUGUGUUUACAUUUUAAAGUACUCAAGUCUAUUUUUCGCGUUCUUCUGACCUUGAUCGAGGUUUUCGAGUCAUUUGUAGGUUUUGCUGCUUCUCUGAGGUGUUUUUUUUCGAAGCUUCUCAGUGAGAUCUGUUACUGACUGCCGCGAAUCAAGUCUCGGAACCCUCGAUUUUCUUGGGGUUUCGCCGAUUCGUAACUCGAAAUUUUAUUUUAGUCUAGGGUUUAGUACGGCGGAAAUUGUUGUUCUCGUUGAGGAUUAAAUUCUGCUCCUGAUUUGGAUGAAGGGACGUUUAAGUCUUCUUUUGGGUACACUUGGUCAAGAAUUUUAUUAUAUUCUUGGACUGGUGCUGGCGUAGUUGUUAUUACGACAUAGUAUUUCGCUGUUUUCUUUAACUGGGCAUCAGCGAAACUCUUACUUUCAAUUACUGGUUUUGUUAGUUUUUUUGCGCAUUUAUUAACUUUUGGGCUGUGCGUUUUGUGCUAUAUAUUAAAUCUCAAACGCACUAGUUUCUGCUAAUCGGAUCGUAUAUAGGAAGGGUGUAGUGCUGAUAAUUAGGGUUUUAGGCGUUAUUGGGUCACAUAUUGAGCUGAUAUCCGUGUAAUUUUAUCCAACCUACUGUUCCGAUGACGAUCGAGUCCUUGCCGGGAAGUUCAGGAUAUCUAAGUUCAUUUUCCGAGAGGAAAGUUACAUAUUUUAGCAACGGUUAUGUACUGGGCUUGACCGUGAUUGCUGGAAUAGGGGGGUUGCUGUUUGGCUAUGACACAGGUGUAAUAUCAGGUGCUCUUCUGUAUAUUAAAGAAGAUUUUGAAGUUGUCAACCGGAGCAGUUUUCUACAGGAAACAAUUGUAAGCAUGGCCUUGGUUGGUGCAAUAAUUGGAGCUGCUGUUGGUGGUUGGAUUAAUGAUGCUUAUGGUCGUAAGAGUGCUACUCUUAUUGCUGAUGUUGUCUUUGCUGCUGGUGCAAUUGUCAUGGCAGCUGCACCAGAUCCAUAUGUUCUCAUUCUUGGAAGAUUUUUGGUUGGCUUGGGUGUGGGUGUUGCAUCUGUUACUGCUCCUGUAUACAUUGCAGAAGCAGCCCCAUCAGAGAUUAGGGGAGGACUAGUGAGCACUAACGUGCUUAUGAUUACUGGUGGACAGUUUCUUUCCUACCUCAUAAAUCUUGCCUUCACUGAGGUCCCAGGGACAUGGCGAUGGAUGCUUGGAGUUUCUGGUGUGCCAGCGGUUGUGCAAUUCUUCUUCAUGCUCUUUUUGCCGGAGUCGCCUCGCUGGCUUUAUCUGAAGAAUGAUAAAGCUGCAGCCAUUUCUGUGCUGUCUAAGAUCUAUGAUCCUUCUCGUUUAGAGGAAGAAAUUGAUCAGCUUUCUGCUACAUCAGAGGGCGAAGGCCAGAACGAAACUCCUGCUAGAUACUUGGAUGUUUUUAGAACAAAAGAAAUCAGACUUGCAUUCAUUGCUGGGGCUGGAUUGCAGGCAUUUCAGCAGUUUACAGGCAUUAAUACAGUCAUGUACUACAGCGCGACGAUCGUCCAAAUGGCAGGAUUCAGUUCCAACCAGUUAGCUCUUCUCUUAUCCCUAGUAGUUGCGGCUGUGAAUGCCGCGGGAACAGUCGUCGGCAUUUACCUUAUUGACCAUUUUGGGCGCCGAAAGUUGGCGCUCACUAGUCUUUCUGGAGUAAUUGCAUCCCUUGUGGUUUUAUCCACUGCAUUCUUCAUGGAAUCAUCUGAUUCCUCGGGCGGUAUAUAUGGGUGGAUUGCAAUUCUAGGGUUAGCCCUAUACAUUGCCUUCUUCUCGCCAGGAAUGGGACCUGUGCCAUGGACCGUGAACUCUGAGAUAUACCCCGAGUCUUAUCGGGGGGUAUGCGGGGGGAUGUCGGCCACCGUUAACUGGAUCUCAAACCUAAUCGUAGCACAAAGCUUUCUUUCAAUCGCAGAUGCUGCGGGGAUGGGCCCCACCUUCCUGAUAUUUACAGUCAUUGCUGUGCUUGCGUUUGUGUUCGUGUUCGUGUUUGUGCCUGAGACCAAAGGAUUGACCUUUGAGGAGGUGGAGAAAAUGUGGAAGGCGAGGGCUUGGGGUAGUAGCCUUGACAUUGUGCCUCUCCUUGAGGAGGGAAAUGAAUCUUAAGGGGGAUGUGGCCCUAAGUUUAUAUAUUUUUUCCAGAAUGUAUCCAUAUGCUAUCCAUGUGUAGUCAUUGUAUGAAUAUUAUGAGCCAAGAGGAAGCCCAUGGCUCAUGUUACUUGGAAGUUUGAAGUUAAAAAAAAAAAUUAAUAAUAAAAUUGAGGUUAGGUCUUGCUGUGUA